AUGGCGUUCGCAUUGCCCUCGUCUUUGAGUCCUCAUGUAUGCGUCGUCUCCUCACCAGACCUGGAGCAGCUUUUACAGGCCUCAUUCCUCCCCCCACUGGAAGAUAUAUUACAGUCUUUUUCGCCAUUGCCACAAGUUACGACGCGAACGACUAGUCUCAUUACUGUCCCUCACGACACCUUCGCUAUCCGGUUUUCUAAUCUAGUAGAUGUGGAGAAUGCGUGCAUGGAGGAUGAGGAGAAGCGAUCCGCUAGAACUAUCGACUGGAUCGGUGAGCGGAUUAACCAGCGAUGCCCCAAAUGGGUCGCAGAUUUGGAGAAGGAUUCCGCCAGAGACAGUAAGAGGCCACCAUGGUGGGACGAACUUCGACGCUGUCUGGAAGGCGAUAACAUACCCUCGAAGACAGAGGGUUGGAAUCAUCCUGUGUCAAUUAUUUUGGCGGUAUCUACCACAGCUCCAAACCCUCUCCAAGCAGUGACCACCCUGCAUUCGCGUACCUUGGAAUUCCCGUCGUGGGUAGACACCACUCACCUCGUGUGCACUCUCAUCAUACACCCCUCAACCUCGACCUUGUCUGACGAGGAAGCAACGGCGUUGUUUAACGCUGUCAAGAAACAGUAUGGCGUACACGUGUAUCUUCUUCCCUUCAUUCUACCAUCGCCACCACCACCACUAGUGCCGAUCCCUCCUCUCCCACCGCAAUUACCACCACCACCUGUUGACGUGGAACAACAUGAUAUCCCUGGUAAACCGAAAUCCACGCUCUCUAAUACCCGAGAAUUCCUCGAUGCCAGACCCAAUUCAUUGAGAAUGUCCGAAGGGGAUAUUCAACGAACAGUGCGGUUCAUGCGGGAAUUUGUGGUCAUGAGUCUCGUGCCCUGGAUGGAAAAAUGUGUAAUCGAAUGGAAUGAAGCCUAUUCUUCCAGCAGGCGACUGCCCUCACGGCUGUUCUCAUCAACUCGCCGGCUGUUUGGCUCUGGCACUUCCACUCCACAGACUCCUGUUCAUGCUUCCUCUACCUCACUUUCAUCCUUGCCAGUUCGUUCACACACCUACAGCACAUCUCAGACUUCUUUAUCCGGCCCGAGUUUCUUACUCCCUCCACCGUCGCAGCAGCGACGACUAGCUGAAUUUGCCACAGUCCUGGGUGACCAUAAGCUUGCAAUAGGUGUUUGGGAGUCACUGCGAAAAGAGGGAAAGGGUGGUUCAGACAUAUUACCGAUAUUACUUUCACCUUCACCUGCAACAACACUGCACAUCACUCACUCGCUUGCGGCUAUAUUUCCAACCGCUUCGGAGCUUCCCACACAUGCUCAACUUCAAGCUCUGAGAUACGCAAUCCGUUGGGAAACGAGCAUUUCUCCCAACGACUUUCUGAGCGACACCCUCGAAGGGGAACGAUGGCUUGUGUGGGCAGCGGGUAACUCAGAGGAAGCGCCGUCAGCCCUGCUUCUGGCACAUGCUGCACUUCUGAGUGUUCGUAAGCAGUCCAAGCGGCGUGCUGCAUUGUGGUAUUUCUUUGCUGCCAGCAAACUGCAGAAAUGUGGCAUAAAACCACUGGCAAUGUAUUUCCUUCGUCGAGCACAUGAGAUACUCAGCGACAAGCCACGAAAGCUGUUAUCUCCAUCAUUCUGGGAAUCACAAGGAAUUAUCGCUUCAGAGAACGUGGGAUUUAAUGCGGCUGUAUCUGGUGUAGAGCAUCCGCUAGGCAGGUUGCUGUAUGCCACGGGAGAGGUACAGGGUGCCAUCAAGCUAUUUCUAGGUCUUUUGCGCUUGUCUUCUGCGGUUUCAGACGGGGAAAACCGUUACGAUGGCAACAGUGAAGAGUCUCUGGACUCUGACAAAAGUUAUCUUGAGGACUUCACGGUUGCGCUAUCGCAUCUGAAGUCCAUAUCUAGCCAAGAGGUCUACUUGAAUGAUUUGAUUAUACCCAUCAGAUUUGCUGUGCCAGCGUCUUGUCGACUCAUUUUGCGUAGAGAUGUUGUCGGCGCGGGGGAGUUAGAAUGGGUGCACAUGGAGGAAACAUGGAAAUCAUUCUGGAAGCCACGAGGGAAGGAAACGUUAGAGAGGAGCGGGAAGGCAGUGGUUGGAGACAGCUUUUGGGUCGAGGUGGUUUUACACAACCCCCUUGACGCAGAAGUGACUCUCGCAAACCUGACGUUGAUCGUAGAGGCUCAAGGUCAUGAUCGCGAUUGGCUGUCGAGGAACAUCCAAGUCGAAAACAUCGAUGAAAUUACUCUUUGUGCGAAAGAGAGCCGCCCGGUUUCAUUCGCUGUCAGGGCCUCGGAAGCGAGCACCCUUAUUAUUACUGACCUCAAAUACGAUUUUCUUGGCCUUUUGCCGACCAAGGAGUCGCUAGCGCGGCGCGGUCUGCGGCUACAAGAUACAUUGCAACAGCGACUGAUCCCAACUUAUGCUCCCGAUAUUCUUAUUAAAGCUGAAAUAGAGCACGAUAAUCUUGAGCUUGACGUGUCCUUCGCGACGGAUGAGCCACUUUUGGUCCUGGAAGGUGAAUACAGGUGGCUGGAAGUGAGGCUAUCGAAUGUAGGAUCAAGGGCAAUUGGCGAGGUCUGGUUGUUAGCUGGUCCUGAAGACCAGAUUUCCCCUUAUUGCCCACCAGGAGAAAUAUCACGCAAGUUCCUAUUCUGCGACCUUGCAGGUGUUCUCUUCACAGACAACAAACUCCCCCAGUGGACUCCUUAUAACGUCCCUCUCGAAGAGGAUCUGCAACCCUCUGUAGGAAUCGGAACAACUCUGAUUUGGCGACCAAUUCGUAGUGUCAGCCAGCGCAUUUGUUUGUUGUUCAUUUAUAGAGAUAGAGGGGGUUCCACAUUCUACUGCACGAAAGCAACGAAGAACUACGAAAUUAACUCAUGCCUGACGGUUUCUGCGAAGACAUAUACCACUCCUCUCAAGUUCCAUCCAUUCCAGGUCAAUGUCGAAAUCUCCAAUAUAUCGUCUACUGCACUGCGUCUUACCCAAGUCGUUACGAUUAGUCCCAUCUGGCAGUGUCGCCCACUCCAUCUAUCUUCUUCGGCGCCCCUGGAGCUCGCCCAGUCCGUCAACUUGUCAUUAGCUGCAUUUCCUUCGGAAGACAAGGACUGCAUAAGGAAGACGCUUGACUUUGUUGCAAGAACGCUAGGCGAUGUCCUUAAUGGUCGCAAGGUCGAGUCGGGUAACCCUCCGCCACUACGUCUGUCUUGCAACCAUGCUUUCAAUGUAGGUGGUCCGCCUCUCUGCGAUUUAUCCAGUGAAGAUCAUCUCCCGCUGCUAAACCCAGCAGUAUCGCAUCUGUAUUUUUGUGGAAGAAGGAAUGUCGUCGCUAGCUCGAUAGCCCGUUCACACCCUCAUAUUCCUGAGGCGUCUCGUUCGAGCACCUUCCCGUUCUAUAACCCACUUUCCCUCGAUAUCCUGGUGUUCUGGGAAAUACCUUUAGAACAGCGGUGUGGUUUCACGCUACUUUCAUCAUUAACUCUUGGUUCAAGUCACGGCGGAUUGCAAGAAAUUAUCAGUGACGUGGAGCAGGCCAAAAUGAAGCGAAGCAUGUACGCGGAAACCCAACGAGAGAAGAUGGAGAUGUUGGAGUCGAUUCGAAACAGUGAAUGGAACGCCGUGUCCAAUCCCCUAGUCGUUUCAGUAGAGGACGGCCUCGUCAUAGAGCAUGACUUCGACAAAGGGGGUUGUCUAGUUCAUGUUACAUUCACCCUAAGGAAUUAUUCAUUGACACAUCCCUUACGAUACACACUAAAAUUCAAACCCAGUCUCUCUAAGAUUGCUGCUGUGGGCCCACUGAAUCUACUUGCACCGCGCUAUAUAAGCCCGCUGACCAUCCGCGGUACUUUACAGCCCUCCGAGUCAUCAUCAGUCGAGACGCGCCUCUGGGUCUCCUGCCCCGGAAUGUAUGCACUCUCCCGGUGGGAAGCCGAGGUGGAAGUCGGCGAAUCUUGGUUGGACGGAAGUAAAACACUCUGGCAGACGAGACACUGUUACGUUCAAGGCCCACCAGCAGAAUACUGUUCAUGCUUCACCGUAAAUAGUUCACACACCUAG